AUGGGGUGGCUCGUUACUUUGGUUUCAAUGCUGUUGCGAGGCGGUUUCAAUGCCAUCUGCAAAUGCUACCCAGGAGACAGCUGCUGGCCUUCUGAAACCCAAUGGUCGUCUCUCAAUUCCACAGUCGGCGGUCGGCUGGUGGCCACGAUUCCGCUUGGCUCGCCUUGUCAUGAUCCUUACUAUGACGAGGAGGAAUGCGCAUAUCUCCAGAGCCAAUGGCUCUUACCGGGUAUUCACAUGAACUCGAGUUCCUCAGUCAUGGCACCGUUCUUUGCCAACCAGAGCUGUGAUCCUUGGACUCCUCGCGAGCGUCCUUGCGAGCUUGGAAACUAUGUUCGCUACGCCGUCAAUGCCACUGGCCCUGAUGACAUUAUUGCUGCAAUCAAAUUUGCCCGGGAUCAGAACAUUCGCUUCAUUAUCAGGAACACCGGCCAUGACUACCUUGGCCGCUCCACUGGUGCCGGGUCGCUGGCUGUUUGGACACAUUAUCUAAAGGACAUUACGCCUCUCCAGUGGAACGACACAGACUUCACAGGUACUGCGCUCAAGUUGGGUGCUGGCGUCCAGGGAUUCGAGCUUGUCGAAGCCGCAGCAGCUCUUGGUCGCGUGGGAGUCACAGGAGAGUGUCCAACUGUGGGAAUUGUUGGUGGUUAUACCCAAGGCGGUGGCCACUCAGCACUCAGCACCAAAUUUGGGCUGGGAGCCGACCAGACUCUCGCGUUCGAAGUAGUUACCGCCUCAGGAGAGUUGGUCACCGCCUCGAAGACGAAUAAUACCGACCUCUACUGGGCUCUGAGUGGAGGAGGCCCAGGUAACUACGGAGUUGUCGUAUCCAUGACAGUCAAGACAUAUCCGGGUGCCGUGACCAGUGGACUAAACUUGAUCGUCGAAAAGACGGCCAACGGCAAUUCCAGCCAAAGCAUCUACAACGGCAUUGAUGCAUUCCAUAAUGCCAUACCAGGCCUUGUAGACUUUGGAGCCAUGGUGAUUUAUUACUUCGCGGCUGACUACGUGGAGAUCUCAGCCUUGACUGCGUUCAACGCGACGCAAGAUGAGCUGGAGACGGCCAUGGUGCCACUGCUCACCAGUCUCGACAGCCUGAACCUGACAUACAGCGUCAACUACACCGAAUUUGCAACCUAUGUAGAGCAUUUUAUUCAUUACUGGGGACCGCUCCCCGACGGCGUGAUCGAGAUUGGAACUGCCCAAUACGGGGGCCGCCUCAUCUCUCGCUCCCAAAUUACCACCAGCAAGUUCUCUGCUGCUUCUCGGGCUCUGGCCGAGGACGGUGCCACCUUAAUCGGUGUCGGCACCAACGUCGCCCCCUUUGGUGGGGAUAAUGCCGUGCUUCCUGCUUGGCGGGAAGCCAUUGUGUCGGCCGCCAUUCAGGUGCCUUUCAGCUUCACAGACCCCUGGAAGGACGUGUUUGCGGAGCAAGACCUCAUCACUUACACGAUCGACCCGACUAUUGAAAAAGCCACUCCAGGAUCGGGCGCCUAUAUGAAUGAGGCCGAUUUCAGACAGCCUGACUGGAAGCAAGAUUUCUUCGGGGCGAACUACGACAAGCUGCUUUCGAUCAAGCAGAAGUGGGAUCCGGAAGGCCUGUUCUAUUGUGAUGUGGCAGUGGGAAGUGAUGCUUGGACGGUUGCUGAAGAUGGAAGGAUGUGUAAAUCGUGA